AUGAAACUUUUGCAGAGCGGUCGUUUAGAGGCACUAAGCAGUGCAUUGUCCAUAUUAAAUGGAGACAGCGCUGUACAAGGCCGUGUAGAGAGCUACAGCUGUAAAAUGGCUGGUGGUGAGAAAGCCUUCUACAAAAGGUUUACUGCAGCUGGAGAGACUACUCACAGUCUGCAGGCAUUGUCCCCACCUGAAAGCGCUUCUUAUAGUCGGAGUCUUUCUGGUGAUGAAGAGGGUAUCCUGUGUGAUACUAUAUCUCGGAAAACUUUAUUUUACUUGAUAGCUACUCUGAAUGCUGCCUUCCCUGACUAUGACUUUUCAAUGGCGAAGAGCUCCGAGUUCAGUGCUGAACCUUCUCUAACAUGGGUGCAAAGUGGAGUUGAUGCAGCUCUAUCAGCAGUAGGUGGAAUUCGCUGGAGACAGCUGAAACCAGCUGUUUGGUCUGCUAUUGAUGAAGAGAUUCAGCUAUCAGACUGUAGAAUAUACAGCUACAACCCUGACUUAGCCAGUGAUCCUUUUGGAGAACCUGGUUGCCUCUGGACAUUCAACUUUUUCUUUUACAAUAUGAAGCUGAAACGUAUUGUUUUCUUCACUUGCAGAGCCAUGAGCCCUGUGUGUGCAGAUUCUGGAGUUGAUUUUGCAAUGGAUGAAGAUGAAGAAUAUGACUAA